CAGGUGUACCGGCUCCUCCCCUUCAGUCUUCCCCAGGUGUACCGGCUCCUCCCCUUCAGUCUUGCACAGUGUACCGGCUCCCCCCUCCAGUCUUGCACAGGUGUACCGGCUCCUCCCCUUCAGUCUUCCCCAGUCCGGCUCCUCCCCUUCAGUCUUGCACAGUGUACCGGCUCCUCCCCUCCAGUCUUGCACAGGUGUACCGGCUCCUCCCCUCCAGUCUUGCACAGGUGUACCGGCUCCUCCAGUCUUGCACAGGUGUACCUGCUCCUCCCCUCCAGUCUUGCACAGGUGUACCUGCUCCUCCCAAUAGUAACUCCCAGCUCUGCUGAUCCCCCACUGAGUAGUAACCCCCAGCUCUGCUGAUCCCCCGCUCAGUAGUAUCCCCCAGCUCUGCUGAUCCCCCAUCAGUAGUAUCCCCCAGCUCUGCUGAUCCCCCAUCAGUAGUAUCCCCCAGCUCUGCUGAUCCCCCAUCAGUAGUAACUCUCA